AUGGAUUCCGAAAUAUGUAAAAGGUUCAAGAAUGUAAGGGAAUGGCUUCCCGAUCAAUUGGACAUCAAGAAAGAGUAUCAAAUUAAAGAUAAACAUCAUCUCAAUGAAUAUUGUACUAGUGGGUGUGAUAGUUCUCUCGAUAAAAUUAGUGCUGGAUGUUUAUAUUUAUUUAAUGAAUUUUUUCGUGAUUCUUCUGUGUUUGAGGCCGUUGCAAAAGAAAACUUCUAUGUUGUUGAAUACAUUUUGAUAUGGUUAAGUUAUAUGUUAAACCUUACCAAAACUCAAGAAAACAACAGUAUAGAGAUUUUUUAUAAUACAUAUGUAAAGAAUGGUGAUAAGUAUAUUAAUAAUAUAAAAUAUUUUAGUGGUUGUGAUGGUUAUAAGGAUCUUAUAGAUAGAAGUGAUUAUUUGUUAAGUAUGGAUAUGAGCAUUAUAUCUAAAUUAUAUUAUGCAUUUAAUACAUUAUGUGACAUAUAUAAUGAGCUUGAUACAAACAAAUCAAAUUGCGCGAAAUGUUUGGAAAAAGUUCGUCAAUUUAUUGAAAAAUAUGAAGAAUUUAACAUAGAUUAUAACAAUGCUGAAAAUAUCCCCUAUUUUAAUGUAUUGCUUACUUUAUUAAAUGGUUAUGAUAAUUUAAAAAAUAAAUGUGAAGAUUUCCCGUCCAUUCCAGGGAUACCAAACGAAAUUUCUGAACAUGUUUCUGAAGUUAAAUCAAGUUCGUCGAUAUUUAGCAAAUUAAUUCCAGUUGUGUUGAUAUUUUCUGCAAUAUCAAUUUUUUUAGGAAUUUCUUAUAAGUAUUCAUUAUUUGGAUUUCGGAAACGAUUUAAAAAACAACAAAUAAGAGAAAAAAUAAAAAAUAUAAAGAAGAUAAUGAAUCAUUAA